AAGGAAAUAAGCGGCAACUGCAGAAGAAGAAACUCCCUGGAUCCUGCUUAAUGAACGUGGGAGACCGACACGUCGUUUUUAUCCCUUUUAAACAAAACUGGUUCGUUUAGAGACGAAGUGAAAGUCUCAGUUGGACGUGAACAUGUCGGGGAUACCUCCGGAUUCAUGGCAGCCGCCCACAGUGGCUUUUGAGACAACGAUGGGGACCGUGGUGUUGGAGCUGUACUGGAAACAUGCGCCAAAGACCUGCAAGAACUUCGCAGAGCUGGCCCGAAGAGGCUACUUCAACAACACCAAGUUCCACAGGAUCAUCAAAAACUUCAUGGUGCAGGGGGGAGACCCCACAGGCACAGGUCGAGGUGGUGCCUCUAUAUAUGGUAAACAGUUUGAAGAUGAGCUGAACAGGGAACUGAAGUUCACAGGUGCAGGGAUUCUGGCGAUGGCCAAUGCCGGACCGGACACCAAUGGAAGCCAGUUCUUCCUCACUCUGGGACCCACCCAGUGGUUGGAUGGAAAGCACACUAUAUUUGGACGAGUAUAUCAGGGGAUGGGGUUGCUGAACCGCAUCGGCAUGGUGGAGACAAACAGUCAAGAUCGUCCAAUGGAGGAUAUCAAAAUACUUAGAACUAAUUUGCCCAAUUGAGAAAAUGUUGAUUUAUUUUUUUUACUGCCUUGUUUGAAUAAAUAAAUAAAUACCUGUAUAAUAAGU